AUGACUCGCCACGAUGUUCCCAAGGGCCUAGAGGUCCAAUACGUCAAGGAACUUCCCCUCGGCUACUGCUUUCGCUGGAGUCUGUGCAAGCACGUGGUGCUGAGAGAUGACAUCAACAGACCCGUCAAGACAAACACUUGCGGCCAUCAGACCAUGUGGACCGUCUUCGUAGACCGUGGUACCUGUCCGAUUUGCGAGGAAGCAGAGAGACUCGCUGCCGCCACUGGCAGAUUCGUCAAGGAAGCAGAGAAUGCCUUCAACACACCCUUCACCAUAACCUACAACAUGCGCUGCAGGCACAUAACCUUCAAAGCACGCGGUGUCCGUGGCGAAGACCCUCUCUACAUCAUCUCGUCGAACCUGACCUCGACAAAGGACAACCCGCCAAACUCUCUGAGUGGAGGCUUCUGCGAACUGUGCUACCUCAAAGUCACAAUGGCCCGUGGUAUGAAGGCUUGGUCUUGGGACCAAGCCUUGCUUUCACGCCCCGGACUUUCCAGAUUGAAGUGA